CCAAUUUCGCUGCAUAAUUCCAAACAAUCCCAACUACUUUACCCCAAUAAUUUAUUCAAGUUUUUGUUUUCUUCUGCUCUCUUUUUGUUUAAUACUUAAAAUUUGAAGUUUUGUGAUUACAAAUUCGAAGGUUUGUUGAGUUUUUUUGGCAAUGCCGCGUUGAUAUCUUUGGUGUCUUGUUCUAAAAAGAUUUUUGGAAUUUUCGUAUUUCAGGAGAAACCCUUGUCCGUUUCCUCUGAAAUUGACCUUGGGUUUUAGCUCUUGUAUGCUCAAUUAGGGUUUUUGUUUGACACUGUGUAGUUUCACUGUUCGUUUGGUGUUGUUAUAUGUAUUCCUGAAUCUCUUUUCAAGAGUCUCUGUAUCGAUUAGUCCAGAUGAGGUGCUUCUCUUGCAUAAAUUUUUGCUCCAAAGAUGUCGAAAAUUACGAUGGCGAUGUCGCAUCCAAUGAUGUUGCAGUUGAUGACAAGGGAAAAACAUGUAAAGAUGUUACAGAGAAGGGGAAAAGGUUUAGUAGCCAGAGGUAUAAUGUGGCACGCAGUUUUACAUUUCGUGAACUUUGUGUUGCAACACAGAAUUUCAAGGAUUCUAAUUUGAUCGGAGAAGGUGGAUUCGGAUGUGUUUACAAGGGUCGAUUAGAUUCAGGGAAAAUAGUUGCUGUAAAGCAGCUAAACCUCAAUGGCCUUCAAGGACACCAGGAGUUCAUUGUGGAAGUUCUUAUGUUGAGUCUUUUGCGCCAUUCAAAUCUUGUAACUUUGAUUGGUUACUGCACAGAUGGAGAUCAAAGACUCUUGGUUUAUGAGUACAUGCCACUGGGUAGCUUGGAAAAUCAUCUUUUUGAUCUAGAGCCUAAUCAAGAGCCGUUGGAUUGGCACACGAGACUGAAGAUUGCAGUUGGAGCAGCUCGUGGGCUUGAGUACCUCCAUUGCAAAGCAAAUCCACCUUUGGUGAUAACACUCACGUGUCAACUCGAGUUAUGGGCACAUAUGCUCAUUACUGGACGUAAAGCAAUUGAUAUGAACAAGAAACCUAGCGAACAGAAUUUAGUUGCUUGGUCUCGCCCUUUUUUGAAAGACCGAAAAAAGUUUAUUCAGUUGGUGGACCCGCUUCUAGAAGGUCGGUUUUCGGUUCGAUCGGUGCACCAUGUGGUUGCAGUGACUGCAAUGUGUCUACAAGAGCAGGCCAAUUUCAGGCCCUUGAUUGGUGAUAUUGUGGUUGCACUUGAGUACUUAGCCUCUCAAGCUGAACAUGAACCAGACUCGAGAACAAUUUCUUCUUCUAAGUGAAACUUUUUUGUUAAGCGGAUUCAUGUUUGAUUUUCUUGAUAGGGUUUUUAUUUGUUUAUUUAUUUUUUGAUAGAGAAUUGAUGAAUGUGGAUAAAGUAUAUUAUGCUUUUGUUUUCCAUUUACUUGCAAAUGUGUGGUAUG